GCAACAGGGAGAAGUUAAGAGAUGGAGGAUGUGGUGAUUGCAGGCAUAGCAGGAAAGCUGCCAGAAUCGGAGAACUUGCAAGAGUUUUGGGAGAAUCUGCUUAAUGGAGUUGAUAUGGUCACAGAGGAUGAUCGGAGGUGGAAACCAGGAAUUUAUGGACUGCCCAAGAGAAAUGGAAAGCUCAAGGACAUAAGCAAAUUUGAUGCAUCCUUUUUUGGGGUUCACCCCAAACAAGCUCAUACAAUGGAUCCUCAGCUUCGCUUGCUGUUGGAAGUGUCUUAUGAAGCUAUUUUGGAUGGAGGUAUUAGUCCAGCCACCCUCCGUGGCACAGACACAGGUGUAUGGAUUGGUGCCAGUGGGUCAGAAGCUGCUGAAGCCCUUAGCCAAGAUCCAGAAGAGCUUUUGGGAUACAGUAUGACUGGCUGCCAGCGUGCUAUGCUUGCCAAUAGGAUUUCCUACUUUUAUGACUUAACAGGACCAAGCAUAACUAUUGACACAGCCUGCUCCUCUAGUCUCAUCGCUCUGGAAAAUGCUUAUAAGGCAAUUCGUCAUGGGCAGUGCAGUGCAGCCCUAGUAGGAGGGGUCAACAUUUUGUUGAAACCCAACACUUCUGUGCAGUUCAUGAAACUGGGUAUGCUUAGUCCUGAUGGUGCCUGCAAGGCUUUUGAUAUUUCAGGAAAUGGAUAUUGUCGGUCUGAAGCUGUUGUUGUCGUUCUCUUGACCAAGAGAUCUAUGGCUAAGAGGAUUUAUGCCACAAUAGUCAAUGCUGGAAGUAACACCGAUGGCUUUAAGGAGCAAGGUGUGACAUUCCCAUCUGGAGAGAUGCAGCAGGAGUUGGUCAGCUCUUUGUACAGAGAAUGUGGUAUCAAUCCUGGAGAAGUGGAGUAUGUUGAAGCUCAUGGGACAGGCACCAAGGUUGGAGAUCCGCAGGAAGUAAAUGGCAUUGUAAAUGUCUUCUGUCAAUGUGAGAGAGCGCCACUGUUGAUUGGAUCAACCAAGUCAAACAUGGGCCAUCCAGAGCCUGCCUCUGGGCUUGCUGCGUUGGCCAAGGUCAUUCUCUCUCUGGAACAUGGGCUGUGGGCUCCAAAUCUUCAUUUCACUACCCCAAAUCCAGAUAUUCCUGCCUUAAAAGAUGGCUCUUUGGAGGUAGUUUGUAAACCAACACCAGUGAAAGGUGGCCUUGUCAGCAUCAACUCUUUUGGCUUUGGAGGUGCUAAUGCUCAUGUCAUUCUGAGGCCAAAUAAGAACAAACACCAGCCUCUGGAGACUUGUAACACGCCAAGACUGGUUCAAAUAUGUGGCAGAACCCAGGAAGCUGUGGAAAUACUAAUACAAGAGAGCAGAAAGCAUGGAGGAUGCAGCCCCUUUGUAAGCCUGCUCAGUGAUAUCUCUGCAGUUCCUGUGUCUUCCAUGCCCUACAGGGGCUACACACUAGUUGGUGCUGAGAGUGACAUAAAAGAGGUCCAGCAGGUUCAAGCAUCUGGUAGACCACUCUGGUACAUCUGCUCAGGCAUGGGAACACAGUGGAAAGGUAUGGGCCUGAGCCUUAUGAAGUUGGAUUUGUUUCGCCAGUCUAUAUUGCGCUCGGAUGAAGCUUUGAAGAACACAGGCCUAAAGGUCUCAGACCUGCUUCUGCAAGCGGAUGAGAAUACUUUUGAUGACACUGUCCAUGCAUUUGUUGGACUAGCUGCUAUUCAGAUUGCUCAGAUUGAUAUGUUGAAGGCUGCAGGUCUGCAGCCUGAUGGGAUUUUGGGCCACUCAGUGGGAGAACUAGCUUGUGGCUAUGCAGAUAACUCCUUAAGUCACGAAGAAGCCAUUCUCGCUGCUUAUUGGCGGGGACGAUGCGUUAAAGAGGCCAAAUUGCCCCCAGGAGGAAUGGCUGCUGUUGGUCUGACAUGGGAGGAAUGUAAGCAAUGCUGCCCUCCAAAUGUGGUACCAGCCUGUCACAAUUCUGAAGAUACUGUCACUGUUUCGGGGCCUCUGGACACUGUGAAUGAGUUUGUAGCCAAACUGAAAAAGGAUGGUGUGUUCGCAAAGGAGGUGCGCAGUGCUGGAGUUGCAUUUCAUUCCUAUUACAUGGCAUCUAUUGCACCAGUGCUGCUCAGUGCCCUGAAAAAGGUCAUUCCAUAUCCUAAACCUCGUUCAGCACGAUGGAUCAGUACAUCUAUCCCUGAAUCUCAGUGGCAGAGUGAUCUGGCUAGGUAUUCCUCUGCAGAGUAUCAUGUGAACAACCUAGUGAAUCCAGUGCUGUUCCACGAAGGUCUGAAGCAUGUUCCAGAGAAUGCUGUUGUAGUAGAGAUUGCUCCGCAUGCUCUUUUACAGGCUAUCUUGAGGAGAACAUUGAAACCAACUUGCACCAUUCUACCUUUGAUGAAGAAAGAGCAGAAAAAUAAUUUGGACUUCUUCCUAACACAGAUUGGAAAGAUUCAUUUAACUGGGAUAAAUGUUCUUGGAAACAACUUGUUCCCACUGGUGGAAUACCCUGUCCCAGUGGGAACACCCCUUAUUUCCCCAUACAUCAAAUGGGACCACAGCCAGGACUGGGAUGUUCCAAAAGCUGAAGACUUUCCAGCAGGUUCCAGAGGCUCUGCAUCUGCUUCAGUCUACAAUAUUGAUGUGAGUCCUGACUCUCCUGACCACUACUUAGUUGGUCACUGCAUUGAUGGCAGAGUCCUGUACCCAGCAACUGGGUACCUAGUACUGGCUUGGCAAACUCUGGCACGGUCUCUUGGCAUGGCCAUGGAGCAAAUGGCUGUUACGUUUGAAGAAGUCACAAUUCAUCAGGCAACUAUCCUUCCCAAAAAGGGAUCCGUACAGCUGGAAGUAAGACUCAUGCCUGCUUCCCACUGGUUUGAGGUGUCAGGGAAUGGGAAUCUGGCUGUGAGUGGGAAGAUUUCCCUCUUAGAAAACACUGCUCUGAAGAACUUCCAUAAUCAGCCAGUUGACUUUCAGACUCAAGUAGACAUAAGCUCGAAGUCUUGCCUCUUGAAAGAAGACAUUUAUCAAGAGCUGCAUCUGCGUGGAUAUAAUUAUGGACCAACUUUCCAGGGUGUUCUGGAAUGCAACAGUGAAGCAAGCACAGGGAAGGUUGUGUGGAAUGGGAACUGGGUAACCUUCCUUGACACCCUGCUACACGUGAUAAUCUUAGCUGAGACUGGGCGCAGUCUACGAUUACCCACCAGGAUUCGCUCAGUGUGUAUUGACCCAGUGCUGCAUCAAGAACAGGUGUGCCAAUACCAAGACAACGUAGAAGCUUUUGAUGUUGUUGUGGACCAUUGUCUUAAUAGUGUUAAAGCAGGAGGUGUUCAGAUCAAUGGUCUUCAUGCUUCUGUGGCACCACGACGACAACAGGAACGGAUCCCUCCCACCCUGGAAAAAUUUUGCUUUGUGCCCUAUACUGAGAGGAACUGUUUGUCUUCCAGUGUUCAUCUUCAUGCCUAUCUGGAGCACUGCAAAGAUCUAAUCCAGAACCUACAGGCUAAGGUGUCGGUGCAUGGGGUCAAAUUAGUCAUCCCUGGACUAGAAACUGCAGUGGUUGCUGCGGAGUCCUCACCUGUGCAGAAGGGCCUUCAGCAUAUCCUUGCUGAAAUCUGCCAUCUGGAACUGAAUGGAAACCUCCAUUCUGAGCUGGAACAGAUCGUGACUCAAGAGAAAAUGCACUUCCAGGAUGACCCCCUUCUCAAUGGAUUGCUAGAUUCUUCAGAGUUAAAGACUUGCCUGGAUGUGGCAUUGGAGAACAUGACCAGUCACAGGAUGAAGAUAGUAGAGGCUUUUGCAGGAAGUGGACGUCUGUUCUCUCGUGUCAAAAGUAUUCUGAAUACUCAGCCCCUGUUGCAGGUGGACUACAUUGCCACUGACUACAUCCUGGAAACUCUUUCAUCUAGUGAAACAGAGCUACAAGAUGCUGGAGUUUUGUUUAGCCAGUGGGAUCCAUCUAGCCUUCCCUCUGGAAAUCUGACCAAUGCAGACCUGGUGGUAUACAACUGUUCAACAAGUGCUCUAGGGAACACAGCUGAACUUCUUUCUAAUUUGGCAGCUGCAGCAAAAGAAGGAGGGUUUGUUUUGCUGCACACCCUUCUUAAAGGAGAAACUCUUGGAGAAAUUGUCAGUUUUCUCACAAGUCCGGAUCCACAGCAGAAACACAGCUUUCUGAGUGAGGCACAGUGGGAGAGCUUAUUCAGCAAAGCCUCACUGAAUCUCGUUGCCAUGAAGAAGUCAUUUUUUGGCUCAGUUAUUUUCCUAUGUCGCCGGCAAGCCCCUGCGAAAACACCCAUUUUUCUGCCAAUAGAUGAGACCCAUUAUAAGUGGGUUGAAUCCUUAAAGGAGGUCUUGACUGACCCAUCGGAGCAGCCUGUGUGGUUGACUGCCACCAGUUGUGGGAACUCGGGAAUUUUGGGCAUGGUGAACUGCCUCCGCCUUGAAGCAGAAGGCCAUAGAAUCAGGUGUGUGUUCGUUUCCAACUUGAACCCUUCAUCAGCUGUCCCACCCAUGAGUCUUUCUUCCCUGGAGAUGCAGAAGAUUGUUCAGAGGGACCUGGUGAUGAAUGUGUAUCGUGAUGGAAAGUGGGGCUCCUUCAGGCAUCUCCCGUUGCAGCAAGCACAACCUGAGGAGUUGACAGAAUGUGCCUAUGUAAAUGUGUUAACUCGUGGAGACCUCUCAUCUCUUCGUUGGAUUGUCUCUCCACUUCGACACUUCCACACAACUAAUCCCGACGUUCAACUCUACAAAGUCUAUUAUGCGUCUCUCAACUUCCGGGACAUAAUGCUGGCAACAGGAAAGCUUUCUCCAGAUGCCAUCCCUGGUAACUGGGCUUUGCAGCAGUGCAUGCUGGGCAUGGAGUUCUCGGGACGAGACCUGGCUGGAAGAAGAGUGAUGGGAUUGCUGCCAGCAAAAGGGCUGGCUACAGUGGUGGACUGUGACAAGAGGUUUCUGUGGGAGGUGCCUAAAAACUGGACUCUGGAAGAAGCAGCUUCAGUGCCUGUGGUUUAUGCCACUGCUUAUUAUGCUUUAGUGGUUCGAGGUGGUAUGAAGAAGGGUGAGAGUAUCCUUAUUCACUCUGGCUCAGGAGGUGUCGGACAAGCAGCCAUUGCCAUUGCCCUGAGCAUGGGCUGCCGUGUGUUUGCUACUGUGG